AUGACCACCAGCUUCCAAGAGCCUCCGCCCGAGGACACGGUGGCCCUUCUGCACCGGGCCAAGGAGCCGGGCGGCGGCGGCGGCGGCGGAGAGACGGCGGCCAAAGGCGAACUGAGCCCGGCUUCCAGCAAGGCGCCGUCGUCCGUCGGAACCGCGGCGGCUGCAGCGGCGGAGAAGAGCGACCCGACGCAGAAGCCGCCCUACUCCUACGUGGCGCUGAUCGCCAUGGCCAUCCGCGAGAGCGCCGAGAAGCGCCUGACUCUGUCGGGCAUCUACCAGUACAUCAUCAGCAAGUUCCCCUUCUACGAGAAGAACAAGAAGGGCUGGCAGAACAGCAUCCGCCACAACCUCAGCCUCAACGAGUGCUUCAUCAAAGUGCCGCGAGAGGGCGGCGGAGAGCGCAAAGGCAACUACUGGACGCUCGACCCGGCCUGCGAGGACAUGUUCGAGAAGGGCAACUACCGCCGGCGCCGCCGCAUGAAGAGGCCCUUCCGCCCGCCCACGGGCCACUUCCAGCCGGGCAAGAGCCUGUUCGGGGCCGCGGCUGAGGCGGCCGGCUACGGUUACCUCACGGCGCCCCCCGCCAAGUACCUGCAGGCGCCUUUCCUCAACGCCGCCGCUUCCUGGUCCUUGGCGCAGCCCGCGCCGCCGCCGCCUCAGGCGCCCUCAGCCGCUUCCUACGGGGCCUGUCAAAUGGCGGCUGUGGAGGCAGGCGGCGGCGGCGGCAGCCCGGGUGGCAACGGCGGCGGCAGUCCUGUCAGCGGCGUGAAAGGAAUGGGACUGUCGGCCGGGCCCGCCGGCGCCGGCUCAGCCUACGGCCCUUACUCGCGCCUUCCCGCCAUGGUGAACUCGUACAACGGCAUGGGCCACCACCAUGCCCACCACCACCCGCACGCCCACCACCACCACCCGCACGCCCACCACCACCAUCACCACCACCACCACACGGCCCAGCAGCUCGGCGCGGCGGCGGUGGCGGCGGCUGCGGCAGCGGCGGCCGCUGCCUCGGCGGGAAACCCUUCCCCUCAAGCGGCGCCCAACGGAGCCGCCGGCCUGCAGUUCGCCUGCGCGCGCCAACCGCCCGAGCUGGCCAUGAUGCACUGUUCGUACUGGGACCACGACAGCAAACACAGCGCCUUGCACCCCCGGAUAGACCUCUGAGGAAGCGGACGAGAGCCGCGUCUCUGCCCAGGGGUCGCCCCGCAGCCCACCGACCCCUUCCCCGCGCAAAGAGAAAAGCUUGGAUCGCCUUUCCUCGUCAUUUUCCUUCCACCCCCACCCCACCCCGAUGCCCGGUGCAUGCAGUCACUUUCAGCGGAGAAAGACCCGCUAAAACUCUGUGUCUCUUUGCAGCUCUACGGAUCCUCUCCGGCUGCAGGUGAAGGCAAACGCGACGUGCCCGAGGACUUUUCCCACCUCCUCUUCCUCCUCCUCUUCUGCUUCGAGUAACUCGGCUUUGGGGAUGUAAAUCCUCCUGUCGGUCAGUUUUUAGGGGGGUGGGGGUGUUAGACAACGCAGAGUUUUGCUCAAUCUCCCUAGUACAAGCCCUAAUAAAACUAAAGCUAAAGUCGCCUCCGGAUUUUGUUUUUAGUUGCUUUAUAAAUAACACUGGCGAUACAACACGGAUCAAGACUGUAGUAGAAGAAGACGUCCUUUGCGUGGUCACCCCGAACUUAAUUUGCAGAAGCAGGGAGAGUUGGUAGUAAGUAAUGUUUUUAAGAUCGAAACGUGGGUCUUAAUUGCAGAGGCAUUUGCUUUGCAUUGUGAGUUUAAACGGGGUUAAAAUUCAAAGAAAAUCGGGGGGGGGGAUCAUGUUUGGUAAAAAUCAUGUUCUUGGGUAAAGAAUUACGAAAUGAUAGAUUCACCGCUGCAGAUGAGAGGUGUCGAAUCAACAACUUAAUUUCCUGCUCAGAACAACUAAACCACCAAACUUUAAAGCCAAUAAAGGCCACGCUUGUUUAUUUGGGAUAUAUAUAUACUAAAUUGUGUUUGAACUUCAGUUAUCUAGGAUGGCAAUGGCUGUAAAUCCUAUUGAAUCGAGCCUGUCAAUUUAACAAUUUGGAAUCCUGUUUAUAUCAGAAAGAUUUACAUUUGGAUUUAAGCAGGAAUAAUUUUGACGCAAUUCACAAUCCUUUUAGACUGAUGUUUUUAGAAUUGCAUUUAAUGGUUUACAUGAUCUCUCUGUUCUAAAAAAUGUAAAGCACACCAAGUUUAUUAGGAUAUAUUUUCAAAAAUUGUUUCCAAGAAUGGCAAAACACAUUUUUGUGAAUAUAAAUUUCAUGAAACGCUUAGACUUUCAUUCCACUGUACUGUGGUUUACAGUCGGUUUCAAGACUUGUUUUCAGUUUUCUGGCUCAGGACAUAUUAAUUUGGACACUUGAGUUUCAACAAGUUUAGGGAUGUUUAAAGUUGAGAGGGGAAGAGGUUUGCAUUAAUUGGAUUAAUCUGAUUACAGUGGAUAAUUACUGGAGACAACUGUUUGAAAUCUAGAAGGUGGGGUGUUAAAAAUGCCAGCAUUUUGAACAGAUUUGCUAAUACAAAUAAUGGAAAGCACUAGACUUUCACUUCGCCUUUCUUUUGGCAUAGACUUGUCCACUGUGACCCCAAUGAUGGAGGAGGGGGACAAUGCACUUCAUCAAAUCUUAAUAUAAUUGUCCAAAAAAGUACUUAUUUGGGCACUGUAUUUUACCAGAAAGGCCCCUUCUUGGGGUGACUUGUAGCCAAGUUGAUUUGAAAGGGGAAGGCAUUUUAAGAACAAGUUUAAAACAAUUGUAUAUGUAUAUGUAUUUUUUUUACAAAAAGAAAAUAGUAUUUUCUCAAGAUAAAGUAAGUUUAUACUGUAUAAACUUUAUGCUAAAAUUAUUUGGAUAAAACAAAGCUAUUCUCUAUUAUUAUGAAUAGUAGUAAUGGAGACUGUUUUUUUGCAAUGAUGCUGUUUUAUACACACACAUCUAUCCUACCCACAUGGGUAUUCAGAAUAUUUUUUAUCUUUUUUAAACUGAAACUAUUUUGCCUGUAAAUCAAUUUUCAUGGGUGGUCCUCUGCUUUCCUCUUCUUUUGUGAAACAAAGUUUCAGUAUUUGAUCUAGAAAAAGAAGAUGAACAGAAAAUGUAUUAAUGGGGAAAGUGGGGAGUCAUAGCAGUUUGCUUAAAUACUUUUGUAAGCAAACUGUUUUGGUAUUGUGCCUUUCUGGGACCAACUUUUUUUUUUAGAAUAACUAGCACUUUUAUUGUAUAUCCCUUUGUAUAGUCUCCAAUAAAAUGUUCUUUUUUUCUCUUUUA